CACCUCUUGUUCCCAUCCUUUUUAGUCUUUUUAUUUAUAGAGGAGAGAGCUCUUCGCUUCCCUUCAGAGAGAACUCUUCGCUUGGGAGGCGAGGAGAAGAAGAGAAAGCGCAGGGGAAGGACGGCGAAGAUUCUCAAAUAUCUCGAUCAAUCUGAAGAAAUAGCUGUGAUAGAGAUUGAGAGAGAUAUGGGUGCGAAGAGAUUCGCCGUUCUUCUCUGCGCUGAAGAUUCAGAGUACGUGAAGAAGUUUUAUGGUGGAUAUUUCGAGGUGUUCGUGGGAAUGUUGGGAGAGAAAGGUGAGAUAUGGGACAUUUAUAGGGUUACCAGUGGUGAUUUCCCUGAAGACGACAAGCUGAAAUGCUACGAUGGGUUCGUGGUCACGGGUAGUUGUAAUGAUGCUCACGGGAAUGAUGUCUGGAUCGUUAAGCUUGUCAAUAUCUUGCAGAAGUUGGACUCCAUGAAUAAGAAGAUCCUGGGUAUCUGUUUUGGUCAUCAGAUACUGUGCCGAGCAUUGGGAGGGAAGACUGGAAGAGCAGUUUCAGGAUGGGAUGUGGGAGUAAGAAUGAUCAACCUUUUGCCCUCUAAGCAGUUCUCCUCUGCCCUCAAAUUACCCAUCUAUGAAUGCCAUAGAGAUGAGGUGUGGGAGCUGCCACCACAGGCGGAGGUGAUUGCGUGGUCUGAUAAGACAACGGUGGAGAUGUUUAAAUACAAAGAACACAUAAUGGGCAUACAGGGCCACCCUGAGUACAGCAAAGGCCUCUUCCUCAACAUUGUGGAUCGUCUCCUUCACCUCAAUCUCAUCAAGGAGUCCGAGGCUAAAGUGGGAAAGACACGGGCAGAGGAGCUAGUGCCGGAUGCAGAGGCAUGGAAGAGACUGUGCAAGAAUUUUCUCAAGGGUUCAAAACCAACCACAACCCCAUCACUGAUAACUCCAUCACUACUAUAGAUAUCAAAGUUUUCCUGGACAGGGGAGGAAUAGAGAAAGGAGGAUAGUUGAUUCUGGGUCUUAGAUGAAUUUGUUUGUAUAUAUUAUAACUCUAGGGUUUAUAGGAAAUAUAAAUUGGAUGGACAAGUUUUUAUUAAUUAAUUUUGCCUUUUAAUUA